GAGAGUUUCGCGAGUUUCAUCAACGACGCCCCACCACAAAUGGUUUUAAAUGGUUUAGCUGCGCUAUAACCCACACAACCACAGCCUAUUUCCUCUCCGCUGUACCCCUUAUCUUACGUCCCUCGCCCCUCACAGCUUCGGGCGCUAGACAGAGACAGUUGUUCACUGUACUUGGGUUUCUGAACUAAACAGUUGCAUGUUUCUCGCUGGAAAGUUUCGUUACCGUAACGAAUAGAAUUCAACUCAUUAUAAUUCACGAUAAAUAAUAUUACGCCGGUCCUUAGUGAAUCUAUUUUCGAUAAUUAGUUUAGUGAUAUAUCAGUGACAUUUUAUUGGAUAGUAGAUACAACUAGUGGAUAAUUUUUGAAGUGAUUGCCAAAGUUGUUUGCUCGAACUGUUAACAAUGCUUUCACAAAAUGUUAUCUUCACAACAAACUACAAGCGCUUCCAAUAGUGAUUCUGAUGACGAUAUUUCUCCACUUCGCUGCUGGGAUUGCAAUAUAAACUUUACCAACAAACAUUUUCUAUACGCCCACCUUUUCCACCAUAUUAAACAGCCUUACGUCGUCCUGGACCGCGCUCAGUUGCCUCCAUUAAAAAUCACCCUAAAAAGCAAGAGCGGUAACAGCUUCGAGAUCAUCAGUUCACCACAGCAGCAGAGCUCGCCGCUCAAUAAUAAUCCCGAUACGACAGAUAAACCGCCAACCAGCAAUCUGGCAGUUAUAAAAGAAGAAUUGGAAAGCGUGGAUGAAAGUUCCAAACAGGAAAAUGUUGAAAAUCAGCCUGAUAAACCACCUGCUCCAUCCGAUGCUGUAUCAGAGGAACCUACCGUUGAUCAUUUGACAAAUGAUCUGGAUAUAGACGAUACCAUUUUAUCGCCCAAUUUUGAUGGCAUCGAAGAAAUUAAUCGUGAAUCUCCAAAUGCCACUAAUAAUAGUUUAUCUCCUACCCAGAAGACCACGGAUACUAUUGCGACAGGCAACUCCAACAGCGAAAGCAGUACAUCGGAUUAUGGAAGUAUACCUGGUGCAGAACCUACACCACCUCCAGAACCUACACCACCUCCAGAACCUGCAGCCGUAGAGUAUCCCAAAAUAAGAAUUAAGACCACCGGUUUGCUUAAAGAACCAUUAACUAUAACGGAGAUUACCGAUGACAACCCAAAAGGAGAAUCAACUUACAGAAACUCGGAUAACGAAAAUAACACAUCAGAUUAUACUAGAAGAAUACCGGCAGAACCUACACCGCCUCCGGAAUCUGCCAAUGGAGAUUAUCCAAAAAUCAGGAUUAAAACUUCCGGUUUACUUAAAGAUAUCUAUGAGCCCAAUAAAAAUUACACUCAAAAUUCAGAGUCGUCGAAUAUUUGGUCAUCAAAUUCAAAUUUAGAAGAUCCUUUGAAGUUGCCAGAUAACGACGAUAAUAAUAUACUUUCUUUAUUCAAUAACAAUGAGAGAGCUAAAGAUUUGGGUUUUCACUCAAGUGACAGUGAGUAUAUUUCACUGGAUAGGUUGGAAGAUCGAAAUAGAGGAGCCAUGCAAUUAUACAAUCCCACUACCAGUCAAAACUCGAGUCCAUUGGAUUCUCUUACCGGCUUACCAAUGCAAGCUUUGGCUCAGCAAGUAUCACGAUUACAGUCUUCUUCAAGUGGAAUGCACCAGCAGAAUGUAUUAAUCAAUAUCCAGCAGUUCCCUUCUGGACCUCCUCAACCAUCUUAUCAACCACCACCGAUGUACCCAUAUCCACAACCCAUGCACCAGCCAUAUCAAUACCAGGCGUCUUACAGGCCACCAAAUCCAAUUUAUUACCCACCCGGUCCACCUGGUUACCCACCUCAACAUAUGCCACCCCCACCACAACCUCAAAUGCCGCAAAUGGGACAACCACCCAUGAAUCAACAACCAAUGAAUCAACCUCAGAUGGGUCAACCACCAAUGAAUCAAAAUCAAAUGCCGCCAUCUUCCCAACCACAAAAUAUGAAUCCACCUAUUUCACAACCGUCUACACCAUAUAGGCAACCUAUGCCUGUACGUCAGCAAGCACCAAGACCACCACAGCCAGCAAAUAGAAUGCCAAAUCCGCCGAGACCACCAAUGGCUCAACGUCAACCUGUGACAAGACCCAGAGCACCCAUGGUACGACCGAGAAGUGCCACGGGUAUGACGGCGGUAAGGUCUGUCAGACCAAGAAUGGCUACUCCUCAAAAUGGCGUUCGGCCUCAGGUGACACCUGUCAAACGUACACCCGAACAAGCGCAGCAGCUACAAGCGAAAAAGAAGAAAUUCGAUCUGCUUACACCAGAUAAAGAUGACGAUGAUUGUCAGGUGAUUUGUAUGCAACCGAAAAACACUGAUGGAGGGUUACCACAAAUUGAAAGUGUACAAGGUGGUACAUCUGAACCGGCCGAAAGCAGUAUUAUGCAUCUAUCGGAUUCGAUAACGUUGAGCGUUAGAAACCCACCUCCAAAACCAGUUGAGAAUCCUAAAAAAUCCGACGCUAAAGCCGUAGCGAAUAUAUUGGCAACAAGAGGUAUAACUGUUACUGCCACCGCCAAACCUAAAGAAACUCCAAGAGAAACUCCGCAAAAACCUCCAUCGCCUAUUCCGACAUCUUUAAAUCUAAAUGGAGCCGUCAGUAUUAUUCCCGCAUCGAAAACCAAUGGAAAUUCGAAGCCCCCUGGCAACGAAAAUCUACCGACUGUAGAUUUGACGGACGAUACACCGUCAGCUCCUCAACCAUCAGCUGUUUCUCCGCAGAAACAAAGACAAGGACUUCCGUACCGUUGCGACCUUUGUCCCGCUCAAUAUCCGAACGCAAUAGGUCUCAAUAAACAUCGUCAAACUUACCACAAAACGAACAGCGGUAUGGCGGAAUUGGGAAUACCAGUUAUUAAUCUGAAAACGCCGGGUAUUAUGCAAAAAUUGACAACGAUGGGUAUUUGUAAUUACAUCCCUUUGCCGUCGCAGGGCGCCGAUGGUACAUUCGCCGUACCGAUAAUCAACAGCAGAAACGCAUCAAAUGUUUCAAAUAUUGGGUGUACGACAAUGAUUUCUUUAGGUCCAAUCAGGAGUAUACCAAAGCCACAAAAUAAUAAUGUAAAUAAACAGGUGAAUAAUACUCAAAAAUCUUAGGUUAUGUCUGAAGGAAAGAAAAUAGAAUAAGAGAGAGCACUGUUGAAACAAUUUAGAAUUUUGUUAUAUUCAUACUAUGAAUUCAAUUUAAUUUAUAUAUUAAAAUAAAAAAAUAAAACUGUGUUCUGUGAAUACUUAUUGUAUAUAUUGUAUAUUUAUAUUUGUAAGGUGUGUAUUAAUUUUUGUAAUAGGUGUAGAUGUUUCCGUAUUGAACAAAAUGAGAAUUUUUAUAGAUGUAAUAAACAUUCUCCGAUUGCAUUAACGAGAUUACUAAUGUGUUGAUUUGCUUUGUCGUUCUUCUCUCCUCUAAAUAACGUGGAAAUAUGUAAUUUUACUACUUUAUUAGAUUCGUGGAUCUUCAUUUGUUGGUAGCUUACAGAAUUUGAUAAUGUCCAUUAAUUAGUUACCUCGUAAUUUUCCUUCCAAUAUUAACUCCUAUGUUUUGGUAACAUACCUCUUAACUUAUGAUUGUAACUACAAGCAAGUAGUUCACAAGUUAAUGGAACGAUGAAUGAAUACGUGGAUUAAAAUUAAAGUCCAUUCUUAAAGAUAAUCUUUAUACUAUUUUUUUUGGACAAGUGGGUAAACCUUAUUACACUCUAGUAGUUCGAGUGGUGCUUAUCGUGUGGAGAUACCCGUGGAUAUUGAUCUUAAACUUCAUCUAUUGAUUUAACAGAAGUCCCAUAGUAGUACUAAUACUACAAAAUUCCUUACCACUUACUAGAUUUCUCUCAUUUAACUUCUUCAUAUACUGGGGACAGGCAAGUCGUAAAUUAGGACAUAUAUAGCACAUGUGAGGUAGCGUGACACGGAAGACAAGACUCGUACAUGUUACAUGUGCUGUGUGGUGAUCCGCAUAUUGAGACACGCGUUUUCAAAUAGAAAACGGUAGGGUUUGAAUUUGAGUGGUAGUUCGCGACUAGCCGACGUUUUUGACAAUCGAAUAAAACAAGGUGUUAUUAUUGAAUUUAAGUUCUGAAUCAGAAUCGGAUGAAGCUGAAGAGGAAAUAUUUUAUUCCUUGAUUAGGAAGAAAUUUAAAUCAUCUAAUAAAUUUACAAUUACAACUAAAAUGAGUGAUACUGAUUUCCGAGUGAAUCGAAACCAGUUUGCUGAAGUACAUGAGAUGAUGAAGUAAUGCGCAGAAGUGAAUCGUAACUUCAGUUUCGUCUUCAUAUAACCACCAUUUUUUCUAUCGUCAAACUUUCUGUGUUCCCUUACCGCCUCUAUUGUCUUUUCUUCUGUCAGUUUUCGUAAAAAAGUUAAAGAAAAACUUGCUUGUCACCCACACGUGUAGCAUAGCAAACUGUCUGAACUACAGUGGGACAGGUCUGUGAGUUCACGCGUGUCGUGUCAGGUGUUAUGCUGCAUCACCUCACCCAUGCAUAAGGAGUUACCAGGAACAGUUGUUAUGAUAAGGAUUAGCUUUUAUAUCAUUUCAUAGUUAGUCGAGGUAUGUUUGGUUGUUUCUAACCGGGUAUACACUCUCUUCUCUCAAUAUUUUACAUAUUUUUUAUUAUCUUCAGGUUGAAUAGGUUUUAUCAUUUAAUUGAUCUGAAUAUUCACAAAAACAACAAGAAAAUGGAUCUGAUACUAAAAAAUCUGUUAAAGGGUAUUUUUAUUUUGCAUCCACUUAUCGAUAGAUGGUAUGACAAAAUACAAAGAGUCCUUAAUGAUUCACUAACAAUAGAACGUUGUCUAGAUGUGAGUGCUAGAUCAGUGUGUCAAUGAGGACUCUUCAAUUUCAGUUAAGCUGUCUAUAAAGAAAUUUGCAAAAGUAUUUAAAAAAAAUGGGUUGGGAAAUAAACGAUGUAAGCAUAACAAUAAUUUACCACUUAGAAAAUCUCCUUAAUGUUAUCCAAUUUUUUUGUUAUUCCUACAGACUGAUUUUAGUUUAAAAGUGCAAUCUACAUGAUUUAGUUAAGUAUUUUUGUAUUUUUUGUCGUUAAAUUCGAAUAAAUAUUUUUUUCAUAUUU